UCAUGGUCAUUUGUUCACAAUUACACUCGACAUACAUGAACACACACACACACACACAACAUAUAUAUUUGUAAAGAUAGAUAGAUGUAGACAGACAUAUGUUUGUCAUAUAUGUAUUAGAAGCAGUCCUAAUAUAAUUUCAUCAUGGAAACAAUACAGGUGUCACAGCCGAAAAUUCAAAACAAAUGGCACCAAAGAGCCACCCAGGGCACGCUUGUAUUCUGUGGCAUGUACAUCGCCGCCUGCAGUGUCGGUUACACAAAUUCAUUUGGGGUUCUUUACGCCGAGAUCGACUCAUAUUUCAAAGCAGCAAAAGAAGUAUCCGCUCUUGCACCAGGCUUAUGUACAGCAUUAUCUGAAGGAGCAGGAAUUUUGUGCACCGCCAUGGUCAACAAGAUUGGAACACGCUACACAAUAAUGAUUGGUGGACUCCUUGAAAUGAUCGGUGUUUUCGUAUCUUCCUUUGCCAACAGUCCGUAUUUUCUUAUUGGACCUCUCGGUGUGCUCGCUGGGACCGGUGCCUGUCUAGCGUAUGUAUCAAUCUUUAUUGCGAUUGGACAACACUUCGAGAGUGUGCGCAUACCUAACGCACUGAUCAGCGUCGGAUUCACAUGUGGAAUAUUUGGUUUGUCCAAGAUAAUGCAGAUCUUGACCGAAUAUUAUACCUGGCGUGGAGGUCUAAUUAUCAUUUCAGGGCUGCUCUUCAACAACUGCAUUGCUGGUUUAUUAUUGACCAACAGCAAGCACAAGGAGAAACCGAUUCUGAAGAAGAAGAAGCUCCUUCCCGACAGAUUGUUUGACAUCUCCAUUCUCAAGAACUUCUUUUUCAUGUAUUACGUUCUUGUCACCUGUUUCGUCUACAGCAGUCUUUUGAUUUUCGUCACCUUCAUGGUUGACUACGCACGCGAGAAAGGCAUCAGCGAGGACGAUGGUGCCAACAUGCUAUUCAUGUAUGGUAUUGGAUCAAUCCCUGGGGGUUUCGUAGCGAUGGUCAUCAUGGCUUAUCGGACAGUCACGGCUUGGGAUGUCCAAGCUGUUUGCGUCGUUGUCGCCGGAGUGGCGCUGGCCUUGUUCCCUAUGUUCUCAACAUUCGAAAGUCUGUCUGCCAUAUCGGCGUUGCUUGGUAUUGCAAUUGGUAUGGUGACAGCAGUCUACACCACAGUUGCCAUGGAAACGCUGGGGACCGAGAAGUAUUCGUCUGGUUUGGGUUUCACAGGAACUGCAAUGGGUGCCAUUAUGUUUAUAGUCUCCUACACGUCAGGUACAUUAACUGAAAUGAUGGGAAGUUACAGCCCAGCUUAUCAGAUCUUCGGUUGGUUAACUAGCGCUCUUGGCGGUGGAAUGGUUAUUCUUCGAAUUUUGCAGUUGGUUAACAAGUUUCGAAAAGGAAGAGAGUUUACACCGGUAAACAAAGUCUAGAUUUAAGGUGAAGCAAAACCAAAGAAAUGACGUCGCUAUAAAUAUCCUCUCCAUGUUCUUAUUCAUUUGCUAACUCACAGACAUUGUCUAACAUCGCAUCACUACAACGAACAAUGUAAAGAGCUAUUUUCCUUUCUGAUAUAAGUCUAAAAACACUUCAUACGCACACACGCGCGCACGGACACACGCAUACACACACAAUACACAACAUAGUACACAUACACUCACAUGUUCACACAUGCAAAUUCACACUCACACACACAUUCACUCAUACACACACACACUGAGACACAAGCCCUCAGAGAAAGGGCCCCUUUGUGUUGACAAACCCUCCAAUUGUCUCACUAAUUUUAAUUAAAGAAAUUUCUCUUUGUCAUAACAGUUGCUCCAUGACAUUUCCUUUCUUUCUUUCUUUCUUUCUUAAAUAUCUUUUGAUCUUCCUUUACAAGGUGCAAAUCUCAUUUGUUCGCAUCCAUAUAACGCACUGACAAAUUUCUGAAAUACAUUUCAUUUAAUGAAAUUUCUCCACUUGGUGGCUUCUCUCCCUCUCUUUCUCUCUCUCUCUCUCUCACACUCACUCUCUGUCUCUCUCACCCCUCUCUCUCACCCCUCUCUCUCCCUCUUUCUCUUGAUAUACACACGUGUGUGUGUGUGUGUGUGUGUUUGCGUGU